GAAAAGUUCCCCAAAAUAUUUCUGUUCUGCCACCUACAGCACCUACAACCGCGAACUUCAAGUAAUUCUCUUGUCGCAACUCCACGCAACUCAAGAUGGCGCCCUCGCGAACGAAGACAGUCAAGAACAAACAUGCGGCGAACAAGUCCGGCAUCAGCUCGAGUAAAUCGUCGAAGGGAGGCCCGCCAGACGGCGUGAGCAAAUCGAAACGGAAAAGCCCGGUUGUUUCGAAGCAGGUGAAAGGGAAAACCCUCGCCGACCUAAUCAAGAAGAAAAAGAAGAAGGUCUACACGGAGAAGGAACUAGGAAUCCCGGAAUUGAAUAUGGUGACGCCUGUUGGAGUUACCAAACCAAAGGGGAAGAAGAAGGGCAAGGUCUUCGUAGACGAUAAGGAGAGCAUGAGCACGAUACUUGCCAUGGUCCAAGCAGAUAAAGAGGGCGAGAUCGAAUCCAAGAUGAUCAAGGCUCGACAGAUGGAGGAGAUCCGUGAAGCGCGAAGGGUGGAGGCGGAAAAGAAGGAAGAAGAGAAGAAGGCGAAGCUCGACCAGACCAAGGAAUCCCUAAGGAGAAAGAGGAAGAGAACCAAACUACCUCACGACGACGAUGCCGACGACGCUGUGGUCAAAGAUGUCACCUCCUCCGGGACGAAGUCUACGAAACCGAAAAAGAAGAGAGUAUCGUUCGCCUAGGAGAGUUAGAUGAGUUUCUACAUGACUGAGCGGCGUUUUGGCGUUGAUUCGGGCUACUCCCGAGAUAAGAUGGACAUUCAUAGAUGAGAUUAACAUCAAGGCAUUUUCAUGAUACCCUGAACACGAAGUUGAGCAUAUCUCGGCAUAUAUAAUGUACGUGCAUGGAUUGAUUUAUAAUGGAUGUGCUUUUACCUUGUAGUUACACUAG